AUGCAGAAGAUACGCAAGCAUGGAUUUGUGGGGGACAUGUGGCCUCAUAUCCAGAUAAUGAAGCUCUCGGGCUUCUGGAUGUUUGAGUACUAUGAGGAGAAUGGUGGGGCCAUACACCUGAUGCGUAUGCUCUAUGCCGCGAUCACCACUAUUCUCAUGGUCAUGCAGUUUGGAUUCAUCCUAUUGUUUCUCAUUUUCGACACCUACAACGGCGACCAAAUAGCUUCUGCUACCAUCAGUUUCCUCUUCUUCGCACACAGCAUCACCAAGUACUUUUACUUUGCGUUUCGCAGCAAGGCCUUCUACAGAGUGCUGGGGUCAUGGAAUCACGUAAGUUUAAAAUCCGUGUUCAUUUAA